GCGAGGAUAGGAGUUAGGGGUAACUAAUUGCUUUCAUGUACGACAUGUAUGCCUGUUGAUUAUGACGCCAUAAAUACCAUUGUCAUUAUUUAAUAUAUAAAAGACAUGGAUGGUUAAUAUGAGCAGACAUAGGAGGGUUGCAUGGCAUAAAGGAGGGACACUAUAGUACGAUUGUGCUUAUGGCUAUGCAAUUAAGUAUUAUUAAGACCUCGCCUUGAGAAAGGAGUAUAUGUUCAUAGUAAUAUGUACAUAUAUGUAUAAGCAAUGUUAGAGAAAGAUGGCUAUGCUCACUGGAGGGAAACAUUAACUUCUUUUAUGCUUGCUUAUUGUGCAACUAUUAUGAGGAACUACAUUUUGAACACACAAGUUAGUUGAACCUUCACCUAGUUCAGGGUGAAUGCAUUGGUAGGGACAUUAUAACACCCACACACCCACACACAUACACACACCCACACGAGUCACCCGUGAAAGGGGAUAUUGUUUUGAGGAAGUUGCUUGUUGUGAGAAAAUGUAUGAGAUGAAUGUCAGUCCACUGCUGAAUUAGUUUUUGUCUUCCAAGAAGAGCUGGAAUAUGUUAAUGAGUUUCAGGAAGGAGGAGAAGGUUGGAGCUAUGACGCCAAAGGGUGAAAAGCACAAUGGCGUCGGGUGAGGAGGAACUGUCUCGAACAAGAGAGGAGUACGAGCGAGAACAGCUGGAGGUUUGCUCGACGAACAUUUUCCUUCACAGUCAAGAUGGCCAGCAACUGAUUGGGCGUCAAGGACCCACUCAGCCUCAGGGUGGGAGCUCCUCCUUGAAGCAGGAGGAGCUACAGUUUCCCAACAAAAAGGGAAACCUUAAAACCUUCCUUAAAAAGGAAGAGGAGGAACUCUGGAUUGCUCAGGAGGGAGGCGUGCCUGUGAAGACUGAAGACCAUGAAGACGUCAGUGAAGAACAUCUUCAGCACAAGGAGCCUCAGCCCCCCCACAUCAAAAAGGAGGAGGAGAGACCAGAACCCAUCCACAGUAAAGAGGAAGAAGAGGAUCACAGAAUCAGUCAGGAGGGAGAGCAUCUUGAAGGACCGGUGGAGCCUCCAGUGAUUGGUGUCCCUGUGAAGAGGGAAGAUGAAGACAAAGGUCCAAGUGAGGAGAAGAGAGAGGUGGAGCCUCCAAGCAGCAGCUCAACUCAACACAUGACAAUAGAAGCUGAUGGAGACCACUGUGGAGGAUCACAAGCAGACAACCUCUUAGCUUUACUAUCAGGUAGUGACGACACAACGUCACACUCUCCUGACACUGAUGAUGAAGACUCUAAAGCUGAUCAGACAUGUCACACUGACAACACACACUUGAAAUGCUCUCAAUGUGAUCAAACUUUUGAGCACAUGAGAGCGCACACUGGAUAUAAACCAUACUUCUGCUCAAUGUGUGAUAAAAGAUACUUUGAGAAGGUACAAUUGACAAUACACAAUAGGGAAAAACCUUUUACCUGUUCUCUAUGCGGUAUAGAUUUUGGACGAAAUGAGCAUUUGAAAAGACACAUGGCAAUACACACUGGUGAGAAACCAUUUUCCUGUUCCGUGUGUAGUACAAGUUUUGGACGAAAUCAGAAUUUGAAAAUACACAUGAGAAUACACACUGGAGAAAAACCAUAUUCAUGUUCUAGCUGCAGCAAAUGCUUUCGUAACGAAUCAAACCUGAAAAAACACAUGAGAAUACACGCUGAAGAAAAAACGUAUUCAUGUUCUAGCUGCAGCAAAUGCUUUCGGAACCAAACUAACCUGAAAAAACACAUAAGAAUACACACUGGUAAAAAAGCAUUUUCCUGUUCAGUGUGUGGUACAAGUUUUGCUCGAAAAAGUAAUUUGAAACAACACAUGAGAAUACACACUGAAGAAAAACCAUAUUCAUGUUCUAACUGCAACAGAAGCUUUCGUUUCCAAAAAAACCUUGUAGCACACAUGCGAAUACACACCGGUGAGAAACCAUUUUCCUGUUCCGUGUGUGGUACAAGUUUUGCACGAAAUGAUCAUUUGAAACAACACAUGAGAAUACACACUGAAGAAAAAAUGUAUUCAUGUUCUAGCUGCAGCAAAUGCUUUCGUUACCAAUCAAACCUUAAAAACCACAAGAGAAUACACACUGAAAAAAAAACAUUUUCCUGUUCAGUGUGUGGUACAAGUUUUGGUCGAAAUAGUAAUUUGAAAAAACACAUGAGAAUACACACUGGUGAGAAACCAUAUAGCUGUUCAGUGUGUGGUACAGCUUUUGGUCAAAAUGGUCAUUUGAAACAACACAUGAGAAUACACACUGGAGAAAAACCGUAUUCAUGUUCUAGCUGCAGCAAAUGCUUCAGUAACCAAACAGACCAUAAAACACACAUGAGAAUACACACUGGUGAGAAACCAUUUUCCUGUUCGGUGUGUGGUACAAGUUUUGGUCGAAAUUGUCAUUUGAAACAACACAUGAGAAUACACACUGAAGAAAAACCGUAUUCAUGUUCAAGCUGCAGCAAAUGCUUUCGUAACCAAACAAACCUUAAAAUACACAUGAGAAUACACACUGGUGAGAAACCAUAUACCUGUUCAGUGUGUGGUAAAGGUUUUGUGCAAAGUCAUGAUUUCAAAGUACACAUGAGAAGGCACACUGGGGAAAAACCAUAUGCCUGUUCUGUCUGCGGCAAAAGCUUCUGUGAGCAAAAAGCAGUUGUAAGACACAUGAGAAAACACCGGUGAGAAAACCUUUUUUUGUUCAGUGUGUGGCAAAGGUUUUGUACGAAUUGUAUUUUUGAAGGUGCACAUGAAAAUACACAGUGGUGGCAAAGUGUUGAGUUGCGGUGUGUGUGAUGAAAGAUUCUCUCAUAAGUACCAGGUUAACAAUCACAAGUGUGCUGGUGAGGAUAGCAGCGGUAAAUGAAGCUGCAGGAUUUGAAGGAAACAGUCAAGACUUGGAUAACGUUGACUUCCUCACAGCAUCACCACAUAUAACGUGUGACAUCAUUGUUGUGUUUGUAACAAUAUAUUUCUAAAAAUGUAUUUUAUGUGCUGCUUGGUAAGCAUUGGGAAGACAGUAGAUGGUCAUCUUAGGUGUACCACCGUUGGAAAGAGCAUGACGGGUGUUUUGGCUGCGCCCUUUGCUACUUUUCCUUAAUCUUUGAGAGUUAUAUUUUCAUGCAAAAGGAGGACAAAGUUGAUGUAGGACUACAUACAUUAACCUGCUAUUAUAUGCAUUCUGUUCAAUAAAGAAACUUAAUAAAUUGACUCAAACUGUCUACGCACCAAGCAUACUUUGAUUUUAUACUCGGCCCAGAGGUAGCAAAUAACCCGCCCUGCGCCUAGCCAUGCCCUGCUCGCUCACUUACUAAAAUGGCCGACAUUCCGCCAUUGGGUACCAUGAUCUAUUAUUGUGUACACUUUUGACUGAGUAGGCGGUCUUUCACAGCACACUUUAACGUCUUUGCCUCGGAUAUGCGUCCUCAAAAUGGCCGUGUGUGAGGUAAACCUUGCUAAUUUCCAUUUUUAAGGCAUUUAACAAUUGUAAUGCUUUAAUUCUUGGUUAGCAUACGCCCCGGUUAGCGUGUUUUUUGGCUUAUGUCAAAAAUUUACGAUAAUGUUUCACCACGGUUUGUGUACAAUUACCAGUUAAUGUACAAUAUGUCGUGCGUCUUGUUGGGUUAUUAAAUACACCGCCUGAGUCCAACAACAAGUUUGAAACAAAAAGUUAAAUGUUUAUUUAUCCCUGUCAUUUUGUCAUGUACAUGCAUUUUGAAGUGAUUUCCGCUUGUAAAACUAUGAUUUUUAUUCUAUUAAAAGGUGUUCUGUGUUAACA